CUAACACUCAUGACUUGAAACCCAGGACAUAUCAGUGGUUACCGUUCUAAACUAUCAUUUGUUUUAUAUUUCAACUGAGUGGUGUUUUUGUAGCCUUAUGUUCAACCCUUCAUUCAACGGGGCUUAUGAUUGCAUCGGUCGGAGAUCAAACCUCGCAUCACCUGUGUUUCUGAGUAUUCUACGGCUGAAUUACCGACAUAUGGAGUCACAUGUGUGUAGAUUACUCAAAAUUGUCUCGUUUUAAUCCCUCGAUAAAGGCUGACGGUGUAGUGUUGUGCACGUGUGUGUGUGUGUGUGUUCUCAAAUCUAGUCUCAUCUUUUAAAUGAAUGUAACAUUAUGAAAAAGAAAAGGUCAGUAGCAACUGAAUUAGUUUCAAGAGCUUCAUCUGUCCUGCCGGCAUUUACAGAUAUCUUUGACGAGGAGACAUUCUACAUCUUUUUCGCUUGCCUUGUUGUCGUCUCUUUUGUUGUAGCCUUUGGUGUUGCAUGGUAUUUCGACGUGACAAUUAGAGAUGCAGAUGAUGCAAUGAAGACGAAUAAAAGAUCAAAACGCCGACCACCUGUUUCUACUACUACAACCACUACUAAUAGAAAUAAUAAUAGUAGUAAUAGUGGCAACAAGACUAGAUAAUAUUUUAAUUCAUUUUUAUGAACUACACACUUCCUUGUUUUUGUUUUUUUCUUUUUAACACCCUUUCUCUUAUGUGUAAUAGUUACCAGUAGUGAAAGCAAUGCAAACUAUCGAAGUUUUCUCCGCUUACACCAAAAAAGUAAAUAAGGAAGCUCAUCAUCUUUCAUGUCUGUGCAAUACAUACAUAUAUAUUCUCAAUGCAUUUAUAUAUUUUUUUAUCUACCUUCCUUUUUUGUCUGAUUUCUCCGUUGUUUUUCUGUGUGUCUUUGUUUUUGUUGUCUCAAUUAAAUUUUCAUCAUUUAGAGGUGAUCAUCAGUGUGGUGAAAUGGUUCUCUUAAUUUAUUAAAUUAUUGCUAUUGUGAAAGGAAUAUAUAUACAUAUAUAUAAAAAUCUAUUUCUUAAUUCUAUUUUCCAUCAAAGUACCUCGGAGAUUACGCAAUUUUUCGUCAAUCACUUUCUCGCUUUAUAUCCUCCGAAUCCUCGAGGCGAGAGCGUAUAUAAGAUUCCUAUUUCUGUUUAGGGGCACGAAGCUUUGAAAGUUGAUGAAUUGUCCAUUCCAUGUAGGCUUUUUGUAUAUAGACCUUUUCAGAGAGUUGUCGGCGUUUGUUGCCAUUAAGACAUAAAAACAAAGAAUUCAGUGAAGAAAGUUCUCUUUCGACGAUUUCAUAACUGUAUAGGAAUUACAAUAGACGAUAACAAUCACUUUUAUUGUGUGUAUAUGUGAGUGUGUUAAAGUUUGACAGUGAGUGGAAAUAAUAAAGUGCGAUAAUAUUGGUGUAUAGGAUUAUGACUCACAGUAGAUUAGAUAUUUUGAUGAAUAUUGUAGAAACAGGACACAACAUUACUGUUUAUAUGUCUUUUAAACCUAUCCAUCCAUAAAACGUCUUUGUGGGAUGGCGUAUCCUAAAGUUUGUGGAAGCCCUAACUGGCAAUUAGGAAGUUUAAACCAUCUCUAUGCGUUUGUCGAAGCAACAAUUCAUUAUCAUACUAAACCUUCCUUGGUAAACUUUGUUUUGAUGCCACCAGCCAGGGCACUACUAUGUACUAUUACCUCCCUCCCUUCUUUCGUUUAGUGAUCUUCAUUGUUAUCU